CCCAUCAGCCUGUGGCUUGCCCGGGCCUUCCUGGACUGACACCGUCAGGCCCCCAGGACUCCAUGGGGCUAGAGGAAUCAGAACUGAGCCGAGAGGAGAUUGGGGAGCAGUGGGGCCUCCGGGAGGAUUCUGGAGCUGACAUCUGCCAGAGGUCCCAGGGCUCAGAAGUUGCCGCUCAGGUGAAGGUGGGACCGAGCGAGGGUCCAGACGGAGGGAACAGGAAAGACUUCCUAACCCAGACUGUCGAGAAAGUCUUGGGUGUGGGCGACCUCCAACUGCACCUGAGAACGGAACUCGUACCUGUCUCGGGUCCAGGGCAAAGGACCAAAGGCGACAGCUCUGGGAUGAGCAGGGCGGGUCUCUCAGAGGGGGUGGCUGUGAUCAGAUGGCGAUGGGUGUUCGAGACCCACUGGAUGAAGUUCAGACAGGAGGCAUGUCAUCUGACGCCUCUCCCCGCGUCCCCCCGCCCGGGCCUUCCUUGCCUCCGCUCUGCAGCUUCCAUGGUGCAGCCUCUAGCGGCCUUCUUGCUCCCCCUGCCUUCUUCUCUCCUGCUUCAGCUGUUGUGCAUUGGCUCCGUCCUCCCCCGGCCUGGCUCUCCUGGGGCCGAGGUUGCUAAGAAGAGGUCUGAGCAGCACCUGCCUGUGUUAGAAUCCAGGCAGGAUGCCUUCCACCGCCAGCAGGGGGGCUCAGGCUGUCCCUGCUGCCCGGGGUUCUGUCCCCCUCUCUGUCCCUCCGGCCUCUGGCCUGGGAUGGCUGGGCCACUGUUGGGGCCGGGAGGAGGGUUGGGGAGCCCAGGUGGGGCUCACUGGGCGAAGCCAGAGAAACAGCCUCUGGAAUUAGAUCCCAGGAACUGAAAGUGACCCCUGGUGGCUGACCACCCACGUGGGCCACACCGGUACCCAGACACCCUUUUGCUGUUUCAUCUACUCCUCAGUGAGGUGGGCAUGCACUGUUGUUCCCAUUUCACAGAACAGGGAGCCAAGGCUGCCUAGUUAGGAAGUGGUGUGGACUGAGCUUCCCCUGAGGAUGCCUGACCCUUCCUCCUAACCCAGUGAGUCCCCAUCUCCCUCCCAUCCUCACCCAAUGUUCUCAGGGCCACCUGGGCCCCUCCAGCCCCUUUAAAUCUUCUGGACUGGC